AUGGAUCACUCAGGCCACGGAAUGUCGACUUCGUCAGCCAUGGCACCUGCUGCAACUGGCGCAAUGGGCGGUGGACACGCUGGUCACGGAGGAAUGGGAAUGGGUGACCCGAAUGCCUGCAAAAUUGACAUGCUGUGGAACUGGAAUACUAUUAAUGCCUGCUUUAUUGCUAGGAGCUGGAAGAUCACAUCCAAAGGGAUGUUUGCUGGGUCCUGUAUUGGUGUCAUUCUCCUGGUCAUGUCGCUGGAGUUUUUGCGCCGUGUUGGGUACGAAUAUGAUAACUAUUUGGACGGCCGCCCCAGCUUGUUUUCCCGCAAAUCCGUACCCGUGAGCGUUGUCGACACCAAGGAUGAUUCUCAGAACGGACAGGCUGCCCUUGCCGCAGGGCAUGGUCAAGGUGCUCCAAAGCGUACAAUCCUCCAGCACACUCUUCGGUCCCUGUUACAUAUGGUCCAAUUUGGCGUCGCCUACUUCGUCAUGUUGUUGGCUAUGUACUACAACGGCUACAUCAUCAUUUGUAUCCUGAUCGGCGCGUUCCUCGGUAGCUUUGUCUUCUCCUGGAAACCGCGCUCGGAUAACAAGAAGUACGUUGCCAUGGCCCCUCCCGGUCCACAACGAUAG